AUGUCGCAACCAAGAGAAGAUCCCGCAGAAGACACGCUCGACGAGCUCCUCCACACAUCCGCUCGCAUCGAAGAACUCCCCUCAGACGACCAGGAUCCCGACUUCUCAGACAUUUCCUCAGGAGAUGAAGUGGAAUUCACACUCCCCGGACCUCCAUUCCCAGGCUCUCACCUCCCCAAAAACCUCCCACCUUGGCUCACUCCUCCAACUCUGCAUCUCUUCGCCAAACACCCGACUCUAGAAACCAAAACCUCCACAAGCCAAGAGGAAACCACAGCACAAUGCCUUCCCCUCCUCCUGGACCCCUCUCAACUCAAACUCCCUCUCAACUCCCACAACAUCCCCCAUCUCAACCGCACCGCACACGCAGCCUUCCUCCGCAACACCCUCAAUCCCCUCCCAGCACCCUACGUGGCAGCCGACGCCUCACGACCCUGGCUCUUCUACUGGGCCCUCGCAGGCCUCUCAUUCCUCGACCAAGACGUCUCCUCCUACCGAACAUCCCUCAUCAACACCGUCCGUCCCCUGCAGAACAGCACAGGAGGCYUCGGCGGCGGCCACGGCCAAUACUCCCACUGCGCAGGAACCUACGCGGCACUACUCGCCCUCGCCUCAGUCGAUGCCUUGGAAGUCGUAGAUCGAAAGGCAAUGUGGCAUUGGCUCGGUUCCAUCAAACAAACCUCGGGAGGAUUCCGCAUGGCAACGGGAGCGGAAGUGGAUGUUCGAGGUGCGUAUUGCGCCAUGACUGCUCUAACCCUCCUCAACCUCCCCCUGGAACUCCCCGCAGACUCCCCAGCUCGCGCGGCGGGAAUGACAUCUUUCCUCGACGGAUUGGGGGAAUGGGUAGGCAAAUGCCAGACAUAUGAAGGAGGAAUCUCAGGAGCGCAUAACAACGAAGCACACGGCGCCUAUGCGUUUUGCGCACUGGCAUGUCUGAGCAUCAUCGCCCCUCCUCAAAGUUCCAUCCCAAAGUACCUCGACGUCCCAUCCCUCGCGCGCUGGUUAGCUUCCACGCAAACACGAGGGGAAGGAGGUUUUGCGGGUCGCACGGAGAAAUUGGUGGAUGCUUGCUAUAGUCACUGGCUAGGAGGUUGUUGGGCCUUACUCCAGCAAGCCAUGCAAUUACCUCGAGAUAAAGAUCUCUGGAGUCGAGAGGGUCUGGUCAGGUAUCUUUUAUGUUGUGGACAGCAACCGGGCAAGAAAGGGGGCAUGAGAGAUAAACCUUCCACCAGACCGGAUGGAUAUCAUACGUGUUACUCAUUGGCGGGAUUGAGCGCUGCUAUGAAUCGAUAUGUGUAUGUUGAGGAGGAACAACAACAACAGCAGGAAGGCAUGGCAGGCGGCCGAUUGGAAGCUGCCUUUGCAUGGAAAGCGGAAAGUGCUACGGAGGAAGAAAGGAAGCAGUGGGCUUUUGAUGAAGUGGAUGCUGUGAAAGCUGUGCAUCCCGUCUUUGUCUUGCCUAUGGCUGUUGUUGCGCGGGUGAGGAAGCAAUUUGAAAAGGGCGGCUUCUGA